AAUAAUGAACCUCGCAUGGGAGCUUCAUUGCUUCGUCUUCAUUUUCAUGAUUGUUUUGUUGAGGGAUGUGAUGCAUCAUUGCUUUUGGAUGUUCCUGGUGGUGAAAAAGAGUCUGUACACAAUGCAAACUCUUUGCGAGGAUUUGAAGUAAUAGAUUUCAUUAAGCAGCAAGUUGAGGGAUCUUGCCCUGGUGUUGUUUCCUGUGCAGAUAUAUUAGCACUUGCUGCUCGAGACUCUGUUGUUGCGCUUGGUGGUCCGAGUUGGAGGGUAGAGUUUGGGCGCACAGACUCAACUUCAAGACCAAGUGCACAAUCUGCUGAUCGUAACAUUCCUUUUGCAACAGACGAUCUUUCUACGAUUUCCUCAUUAUUUGCCAGUAAAGGUUUCAGUGUCCGUGAGAUGGUUGCUCUUUCAGGUGCUCACACAAUAGGUCAAGCUAGGUGCGUACGCUUCCGUGAUCGCGCCUACGGAGAGCAAAACAUAGAACCAUCAUUCGCACAAAGGCUACAGAACAUAUGUCCAGCAUCUCCCAACAUUGGGGACGAUAAUCUUGCUCCUUUGGAUAGUCAAAGUCCAAUUACUUUCAACAACGAUUACUUUAGGGACUUAACCAAUUUUAUGGGUCUACUUCACUCUGACCAAGUACUCUUUAGUAGAACUGCAAGACCAAACGAUGUUUUUGUUCAAGCUUAUGCAAAUGCCCAGCCCAUUUUCUUUAAAGAUUUUGCUAGUGCUAUGUUGAAGAUGAGCAGGAUGGGUGGUGCUGGUAAUGGACUUGUUCGAACUAAUUGUCGGGUUGUUGGCUAA